AACGUUGAAUAACACCGGACCGUUGCUGUUGUGCAAGCGCUGGACCGUCGUCUUACUUAACGCAUUUUACGUAUUUGGGUAAGUGGGGGGGUGACAUAACCAUCGCUUCUUUUCUUCCCACCUCGCUGGUCCGUCACGCCCUGAAGACGCGCAACAUGUCCGUGGAUAAAGUUCCUGACACUCCGGUGGAGGUGCUGGUGGAUGUCCUGACUAGAGCAAAGUUCUUGGCUUCUGAAAAUGGGAACGUGCCAGAAGAGUUGGCGUGCCACUUGCAGAGAGCUCUGGACAUCGCCUCUGGUCUGGAUCACUACUUGGAGAUGAUGACCACGAAGGAGAGUGAACCUUUGGCCGAGCUUUUCAAAGAAACCAUGUCUCAUGACUGGGACCAAGUGUACAAGGAUGGCAAAACAAUGUUCCGUCUUCCCAAAGAGUGCAUCACUGGACAUGUUGAAGGCCAGACGCUGAAGAUGCUAAUACAUAUGAGUCAGGCCAAGAGAGUUCUGGAAAUCGGGAUGUUCACAGGCUAUGGAGCUCUGUCCAUGGCGGAGGGGCUGCCAGAGGGUGGCUGCGUGGUUGCCUGUGAGCUUGAGCCUUACCUCAAAGAGUUUGCGCAACAGUUUUUUGACAUGUCGCCUCACGGAAAGAAGAUAAGUGUGAAGACUGGAUCGGCGAUGGACACCCUGAAGGCGCUGGCGGCGAAAGGCGAGAUGUUUGACAUGGUCUUCAUCGAUGCAGAUAAAAAUAACUACAUCAACUAUUACAACUUCAUCCUGGACAACAAUCUGCUGAGGCUGCAGGGCGUCAUUUGUGUGGACAACACGCUGUUUAAAGCUAAAGUUUAUUUGAAGGACGCCACUGAUUCGAAUGGACUGGCUCUCAGAGAGUUCAACCAGUUCGUGGCGAAUGACCCUCGAGUGGAGCAGGUCAUUCUACCUCUCAGAGAUGGCAUCAGCGUGAUCCGUCGCACGUCUGUUUCGGCUGAGCGUACAAGGACACAGGCUUGCGUGACCGAUGAUGAUGUUUUCCGAGGGGUCAAAGGACACUCCAUCCUCGAUCGGAUGAGACUUGAUGGAAAGGUGGCCUAUGUGACGGGUGCCGGCCAAGGCAUCGGCCGCGGGUUUGCGCAUGCUCUGGGUGAGGCGGGUGCCAAAGUGGCUGUCAUCGACAUGGACCAAGUGAAAGCAGAAACUGUGGCCCAGGAACUGUACCUUAAAGGCAUCACUGCCAUCUCCAUCACGGCUGACAUCAGCAAAGAAAGCGACGUCCAGAAGAUGAUCGACACCAUCACGUCCAGGUGGGGGACCAUCCAUGUUGCCUGUAACAAUGCCGGCAUCAACAUGAACUCGGCCAGUGAAGACACCAGUCUGGAAGAGUGGGACCAAACCUUCAAUGUCAACUUGAGGGGGACAUUUUUGUGCUGUCAGGCUGCAGGUAGAGUGAUGUUGAAGCAAGGGUACGGCAAGAUUAUCAACACUGCCUCCAUGGCCAGUCUAAUAGUCCCUCACCCACAGAAACAGCUUUCCUACAACACUUCCAAGGCAGGAGUGGUGAAACUGACUCAGACUCUGGGCACCGAGUGGAUGGACAGAGGAGUGCGAGUCAACUGCAUUUCACCGGGGAUCGUUGACACUCCUCUCAUCCACUCGGAGGAUCUGAGGCCUCUGGUGCAGCGCUGGCUGUCAGAUAUCCCUGCUGGUAGACUGGCUCAAGUGACAGACCUGCAAGCUGCAGUGGUCUACUUGGCAUCUGACGCCUCUGACUACAUGACAGGGCAUAACUUAGUCAUAGAGGGUGGGCAAAGUCUGUGGUAGAGGCUUUUCACUCCCCUGGGAGUAGUCCCAGAAAUAGGUGGCAUCCAUAUAUCAGGAUCACAGCGGAACACUGUCAGAGCCACCGCGGUUGUGGAAAGGAGGGUUGGCUCCUGUGCAUUAUCUUCUGGGGAUGUUGGAACAUGAUCAUCACGGCAUUUGUACGGAGGUGUGACGCAUCAAUAUCCCAUGUUUUGUACCUUCCAUUUUUGAAAAAAAGA